GGCAGCCGCGCUCCCGACAUGCCCCGCAGCGGCCGCCCACCGCCGGAUUUGAAUCGCAGCACCGCUCUGUGGCGGCGGCGGCGGCGGGAUGAGUGCUCCGUCGUUGCCCCCGGCCUGGCAGCUCUACCUCAAGGACCACCGCAUCUCCACAUUUAAGAACUGGCCCUUCUUGGAGGGCUGCGCCUGCACCCCAGAGCGGAUGGCCGCUGCCGGUUUCAUCCACUGUCCCACUGAGAACGAGCCCGAUUUGGCUCAGUGUUUCUUCUGCUUCAAAGAGCUGGAAGGCUGGGAGCCAGACGACGACCCCAUAGAAGAACAUAAAAAGCAUUCAUCCGGUUGUGCGUUCCUUUCUGUCAAGAAGCAGUUUGAAGAGUUAACCCUCAGUGAAUUUUUGAAACUGGACAAAGAAAGAGCCAAGAACAAAAUUGCAAAGGAAACCAACAAUAAGCAGAAAGAAUUUGAAGAAACUGCAAAGAAAGUCCGCUGUGCCAUUGAGCAGCUGGCUGCCUCGGAGUGACGCCUCCCCACCGUCCUUGCCCCCAGCGACCCGUCGUUUCCGAGGCACAGCCCUCAGCGGCGUUGCCAGCUUUUCUCCAGGGCCACCUGGCUGUGUCUGAGGAGGGGAGGACGAGAACGCCAGCCCUUUGAAAUGAGAGCGCUGACUCUGCAGGGGCUGCUUCCGCUGGGCCGCUGGUGCUGAGUACAGUGACCCAUUCUUUCUCCUCUGGUAGCUUUUGCUUCAGCGAUUCCUGGACUUAGCGGCGGGGGGGGGGGGGGGAGAAGUCCGUCCUCGUGGGUAGAGCCCUUCCACGCCGUGGACGGGACAGACAGCAGUGGGGGUCCCGUUUUAAGUUUCUCUUGCAUAAUAAUCUCCGUUUACGGUGUGCACACCGCGUGUUCCAAGUGCUCUGUAUUGUCUCACUCUGCCGCCCGCAGGUCCCACGGCCUUCCCGUUCACCCCGUCAGGUCUGGGGUCAUAGCAGCUCCCUUCCUCCCAGGGGGAUUGAAAGCGCCGUGUGUGUGUGUGUGUGUGUGUGUGUGUGUGUGUGUUAGGGGUUCCUCACUGUCCCAUCUUCCAUCUUGUGACUUUCAGGUGCACAGGGGGACCUGUGGGAUUAGCCCCAGGCUCCACCUUGGGGCUUCAUCUGUGUAAGAGCUCUUUCCGGGGCUGAGUGGUGAGGGGCGGGCGUGGUUGGCAGAAGGACUGAUGUCUUGAGAGUGGGGCCGGCCUCCUGCUUCGAGGGCAGCGGGAGGUACUUUGCCUCCAGCGGCACAUGGCAAGGUUGCAGCAUUUCUCUUCGAUAGAUGAGGAGACGGCCCUUCAGGCCGGACAAGGCACUUUGCAGAGGCCUGGUCGUGGCUUCUUCAAGUUAGCAAAGUGCCGUGCCUUCUCCCUGGGGAGUCCUGCUCAGGACCAGCUGUCAUCUGUGGUCGGGGCAGGCAGGGGUGGGAUGAAAAACCCAAGAAAGAAUCUGGUCUUAAUAUUUCUCAUAGUCUUCAAAUAGCUACUUCCCAUUAAUGAUGUGGAUUAGGCGGCUGAUAACUCACCUGUCUUUCUAAUGUGAAUCUUCCUAAAGGAGGGUAAUUGAAUAAAUUAAUUUAAAAAGUGAA